CGUUGUCAGUAUUGUCAAAAAAUUAUAACCUACUUAAAAUAAAAAAAAAGAUCGAUCUCUAGAAAUGAAAGUUAAAUAUAAUUAAAAUUUUCUUUCAACUUCAUGGAAAAUGAUUGAGGAUGAGGAUAUCAGGGCAUCGCUAGAACUCAAAAAGCUUGAAAAUAAUCCCGAAAUAGAGAUUCUACCAGUGAAUUUGAAUGCAGCAAAUGAAACUUAUGGAAAAUUGAGUUAUGAUAUUCCAUAUCCUGGAGUCGAAAUCGAUAAAAUUUACAAUAAAACAUCAGGAUGUUCAAACUUACAAUUGAAAAAAGAAAAUGUUGAAAGGGAAAAUGGAGAUUUUCGAGGGAAUCUUAAGACAGAAUUUGAAAGUUUUCGACGUUUAGAUAAUACACACGAAUCUCAGGUCUCUUUCACAGGAAAAACCAAAAAUAUAAAAUAUGAAAACAAUUUGGAUCAAGACUCAGAUUUGGGUGAUUCUGAAUUGAAAGAAUUUCACUGCCAAUUUUGUGAUCAGUCUUUUGCUCGGAAAUAUUUAUUGAAAAAACAUCUGGAAGGGGUCCACUUGAAGGUGAAACCAUACAAAUGCGAUCAGUGUGAUUUCAGAGCCUUACAUAAUUGUAAUUUACAACACCACAUAAGUGCAGUACACCUAAAAAUAAAACAUAAAUGUCUAUUAUGUGAUUAUACUACUACAUGGAAGUCUCAAUUACAAACUCACCUGCAUUUUGUUCAUUCAAAGACAAAAACAUAUCCAUGCUACUUGUGUGAUCAUAUUUUUCCAAGGAAGUACGCACUGCAGCAUCAUGUUAAGACUGUUCACUCAAAAAUAAGAGAUCACACUUGUCAUUUGUGUGAUUAUGGUGCUGCUGAUAGAUGCACCCUAGAUAAUCACAUACGAGCAGUACAUCUCAAGAUAAAACAAAAAUGUGAAUAUUGUGACUACAGUAGUGGAUGGCCAUCUCAACUAAGAAAUCAUAUUAAUACUGCUCAUUCUAACUUAGCAAGUAAGUGUACAUUCUGUGACCGUGAGUUCACUAGGGCAUAUGCAAUGAAACAGCACAUAAGGGCAGUACAUUCUAAAAUCAAAAAUCAUUCCUGCCAUCUUUGUGAAUACACUACUGCUCAAAGCUCUAAUUUGAAAUCUCACAUUGAAGCAGUGCAUUUGAAACAUAAACCAUUUGAAUGUGAACAUUGUGGGCAUACUUUUAAUCAAAGAAGUUCACUGAAGAAGCAUGUAGAUUGUGUACAUGUAAGAGAUAAAAAGUUUAAAUGUGAAUUUUGUGAUUAUAAAACAUCAGCAAAUGGUUAUCUUAAAUCUCAUAUUGAUGCAGUACAUAAAAAUGUGAGGAAGUAUAAAUGUGAUAUAUGUGGAAAAGGCUUCUCCCAAACUGCUCAUAGAAAAUUACAUGUACAGAGAUUCCAUCCUGAAUAUGAUGAUGAUGAUGAAGAUGAAGAACCUGAAAAUGAAGUUGAAAUUAAAAUAGAGGAACCAGAUAUAGUACCUGAAAAUUCUUUAAAUGAACUAAAUUAAUAUUUAUGUGCAAUUUACAAUCGAAAUGGGAUUCUAGUGAAUAGUAUAGGAUAUUUGUUUUUGAAAAGGGGUAUAGUACUACUCCUUUAAGGGUAUAAUGCCUAUCCUAAUCAAUAGAGAUUAUUAUGAUUUGAGAAGAAAAAAAUAAAAACAAAAAUAAAUCUUUAUUAGAAACUUGACAUGUUGGUUUGAGUGAUGAUAGAUUUGAAAAUAUUUUCAUCACAUACAGAUGACUGAAGAAUGUCAAAUAAUUUUUUGUUUACUUCACUUAAAAAAAUGGGUAUUUUAAGAGAGAAAAUUCAAAGACCAUUUCCCAAUUGUGACUUGAAUGAACCCCCAAUACACUUUAUAGCCCUCUCUACAAGGAAUAUUAAUUACAUAUAACUUAAACACACCUGUCAAGUUUACGACAAGCCAAUCAGUAUACAGUAGAACCCCUUUCAUCUGGCCUUUAGCGAAAAAAUGAUUAUCAGAUAAUUAAAAACACAGAAAAUCAAAA